UCAGACCCCUUGAUGCCUCCCUCCUUCCAUGUCAAUAAACCAUUCACUUGGGUCACCCAGACACACCAUCCCACGCACCAUUACUACUUGCUGCACACGCCGCCCACGCCACAGGACGUCAGGGCGAGCUCAGCCAGGGCGUCGUCAUCUUCAGCACCCACACCAUGGCCAUUGGCACCAUCUGCAGCAGCUGGUGUCUGCCUAUCAUAGGCCAGGUCGUGUGCAGGCAGCCGAGAGCCGUUAGUGGACGUCUCUGCUUGGGUGUGGUUCUUGUAGAGCGACGCUGCCAGGGCGUCGAUGUCAUUGGUACGGCCGCUGUCAGUGUCAUCCUCACCACCAGCAGCACUGCUCGUCGUCUGAGAAGGCGCGGCUGCCGUGUCCCUUGCUUGUGGUUGGUGUGUGGCCUUGUUGGUCACUGUGCUGACCGACAUCAGGGGCUUCAACGCCUGAAGGAAGGCGAGCAACACAAUACAAAACAAGGCACACACACACAGACAGGGAGAGAGGCAAUGGGUUCUGUCUGUCUGUCUGUCUGUGUGACCUGCAUGAGGCUGUUGAACAGGUUGGGCAGCUCAUACUCUUGCUGUGACAGCAGCACCUUGAUGCGAUGACGCUGCAUGGAAUCAAUGGAUGGCCGUAUGAGCCAGCACACACACACACGGGGCGUGUGGAUGCACUGCACUCAUCUGCUGUGCUGGUGGGGCGUUAACAGACUAGCUAGACUGGCGCACCUACCUCCUUUGGGGCGGCGAAGCAUGCCGGGCAGUUGUCAGUGAUGACGGGCAGCUUGUUGGCCGCGGCGAACUCGGCCGUGGCGCUUUCCCUGGCGUACACCAAUGGCCGACACACACGCAGCGGCGCCCCGUCGGAUUGUGUGGUGUAGUGGGCCUUCAUGGUGUUAAGAGUGCCGUUGUUGAAGGCCGACAUGACGAACGACUCGGCCACAUCGUCGAGGUGCUGCCCCAGGCACAGCACACUGUAGCCGUGCUGCUUCAUGCACGAGUAGAGCAGGCCGCGCUUCAGCCGCGCGCAGAAGGCACAGAUGGACACCCGCUUGGCCGACAUGUGGGUGCGCGCCAACUCAAUGAUCGGGAAACUCAGCAAAUGGUACGGCACACCUGAGGUCAGUGAGACACACACAGAGAGAACACGUGUGUGUGUGUGUGUGUGUGUGGAUGUCAUGUGGUCGCACCGAGUGAUUUGAGGUAAGGUAUGAGCGAUCUUGGGUUGUACUCGGGCGUCUGGGGGUCCACAGUCGCCGCAGCGAUCUCAAACCGGAUGGGCGCACGUCGCUGACACUCCUGCACACACACGCACACACAAAGUCAUACACGCAUGCACACACGAGGAGAGAGACCUCUCCCCCUCGGCUCACUCACUCACCAUGAGUAUGUGGAGCAUGGUGAGGGAGUCCUUGCCGCCCGACAGCCCCACAAGCAGCCGGUCGCCAUCGCGAAUCAUGUCGAAAUCCCUUAUCGCAGAACCCACGCGACGCCGAAGAGCCGCUGACACCUUCAGCGCACUUGGUGCCGAGGGGGGGGCUGCCGGCGGCUCGGGUGUUCCUUCCGUGUCGAUGGGAGUAUGGUCAAUGUCGCCAUCCACUGCAGCUGCUGGUGCUGCAUGGGGUGGUGUUGCUUGUGGGCGGGGUGGUGUGGCUGUGCCGUUUGUAGUCGUCUGUUGGUGUUGUUGUGUCCGGCUUCCUGCUCUCACUUGGAAACACGACACGCGCGGCCGUGACCGGUCGGCCGACGAGGGCCUGAAAGCCGAUGUGGAUGUGGCGAAGAGCAGGCUCCUAGACGCCUCCCCACCCACAGUGGCGCCCUCCUGGCCCCUCCUGACCGCCUCAGCAGCAUCGGCAGGCAUCGCGAACCACAGCAGCGGGGCCGUCUCUUCAGGAAGGGGCGGGCACCUGACCUGGGAGAGGGGGAGGGUGGUCUCGCCCUCGUGCAGCGAGUCCACUACCUCGUCCGCCCUAGUGACCAGCUCGUCAAGGGCCGGCGCUGGGUGGUCGCCAUCGAUCUGUGCGCGCGCCUUGGUGCCGGCAUGAGAGAGGUGGAAUGUCGAGAGCCACUGCCGCGUGUGGUGGGGCUUGUGUAGGCGGUGCUCCCACUCGCCGGUCUCGGGGACGAAUGUGUAAGCCGUUAGCAUUCGCCACCCCUUGUCGGCGACCCACUCCACCGCCGUCGCCAUGGCGUCCACCUGCUGGUCGGUCAUGGUGAAGUGCACACCCACUCGCACGAAGCCUGGUCGGAGCACCUCCUGGCCCGUGUGGUGCAGCAAGGACAUGAACUCGGCUGUGAGGGCCUCGGAGAGACCGAGCAGGUACUGGGCAUAGGGGCCGGCGCACGCACACCCGCCGCGGGCCUGCACACACACACACACACAUUUUCAGACAGACAGACAGACAGACAGAGAGACAGGUGCGGGCCGAUGUGUGUGUGUGGUGUGUGUGGGGUGGCGGUCACCUGGAUGCCGAAGAGGUCGUUGAGGAGGGCCACGACAAAGUGGUAGUGGAGGUAGAGGCCGCUGCCGCUCGUCCAUACGGCUGUGCCACCACAAGGAGGGUACUGCACCAUGAAGGACAGGAUCCCCACCCGACCGCCCUCGUCGUAUGGACCGUCGCCGAGCAUGUGGAUCCUGCACCACACACAUCCAUUCACCGAUGUGUGUGUGUGUCUGUUGGGCCACCCACCGUGGGUGCUUGGACCAUCGCUGCUGCAGCCGUUGUGCGAGGAUGGCCUCCCUCCUCUGUAUGAGCUGUGUGGGAAGGAGUGAGUGUAGGCGGUACACCAGGCCAGCCCGGAUGCAGCCCACCACGUCGGGCGUCCCAGCCUCCUCCCUCUCCUCAGCAUUCUGACUCCCACAUACAUACACACACGCAGCCUCACAUCGAUGGGGCGAUUGGUGUGUCGGUGUGUGUAUUUGUGUGUGUACCUCGAUGUAAGUGUGGCCUUCACUGCUGACGAAGAAGACGACUCCUCCGCCGGGCUCGGCCGGCACCCAAUUCUGAAGCAGGCGCUUCUUGGCCAACAACACACCUGGUGUGGCGGGUCCUCCCAGCAAUUUGUGUGGCGACAGGAAGGCCACGUCCAUGUGGCUGCUGGGCCGGUCAGGAGGGUUCAUGUCAACACGCGCAUGGCCAGCCACAGCCGCACAGUCCACACAGGAUAUCGCCUGCACCAGGCGCACAGAGCAGAUGGACACAAACACACGAUUUAUCCAUCCCGUCUUCCUCUCCCCUCUCACUCGGUAUCGGUGGAGCAUUGCCGUGAGUGCGUCGAUGUCCGGCACAACGCCCGUCACAUUGGAUGCACUGGUCAGCAGCCCCACAGGCAGGAUGCGCCACCCACCGUCCAGCCCACGCCACACGUCAAUCUCUCUCAACACCUCCUCCAGAUGGCCCACAGACACCGCACCUGUCCCCUCGUCGAUCUCAAUAUUGACCAGCCCCAUGUGCAGACCAACACCACCACUCCCACUGUCGUCACCAUUCGCCGCCUGUCGGUCUCCCUGGGUGUAUGGGAAGGCCGGAUGUGACUUGAGCAGUUCUCUGAAGGGCAGUGACCACGAGUGGUGCGCUGUGGGAUCGGUCAGGAAGACGACAGCCCGGCGAGAAGGGCCUGCGAGAGAGGGGGAGGGAGACGAGGGGCCGGGUCUGAGUUUCGCUUGAUGGCCUUCAGAGUGCUGGUGGGCGCGAUAGAGAGCCUCGUUCUUGAGUCGAAUGCCGCACAGAGUGCACUCACAGGCGCCCCAACGGUCCUCUCGGAAAUACCCGUCACGCACAGCUGUCAGCCAUUCAUAUGACGCACAAUCCAUUAGAUGAUGGAGAGGCUCGUCCAUCCACGCAACGAAACGCACCUCCAGCUGCCGUCGCGUCGCGGAUCUGUGCGUCCGGUGCUCUUGCGAGGUCACCGACGGCCCAGCCGCACCGCUCCAUGAUGGCCACGAACUUGGAUAUCGCACCCUGUGGAUGCAUCCACCAGCAGGGCAUUCCGACACAAACAAUGGCCAUCAAUGGGUGGGUGGCGUCAUGCUCACCGUGACCCCUGUGCCGGCGAAUAUGAGAGCAUCCUCGUGGUUGGCAUUCACGUACUGCUUGAUGAUCUGUCGCGCCUGCAACACACAAACACGCCCACAUAUGAUGAGAGAUAUGCAGAGAUUGUGUGAAUGCGCCCUUGGUGCGAUACCUCAGAUCUGAAGUAAGUCGACUGUCUGGCUGUUGACGUGGUCAGGGUGUGCGUGUUACCGUAGAGAGGCAACACCUGCACCCACGGACAGGCAGACAGAUUAGCGCAGAGGCAGGGACUAACGCUCAGUGCUGCAGCGGUACCUCUGUUCUGAUGAAGUCCUCAAUGCUCUCCAGGCUUCGCCCAGAGGCAGUGAAGUCAGCAUACAGCAAUCGACGGCUCCCUGACAACACCCACAACCACCCCCACAUCAACGCACAAGCCACCAUAUAUGGCAGCGUCGUGAUUCUGAUCUGUUGUGUACCGAAUGGUGUCUUGAUGACUGCAUUCUCUCCGAUGAUCUGUCGCCUCAGGCCCUCACACACAUCGUCGAACGAGGCGUCAUCGAACUGGUGGCUUGUCGGCGUUCCACCGUCAUGCUUCGAUGAGUGACCCUUGUCAAAAACGUAGCGGACAGGCAUGCUGGUCUCCUUUGCCGCGUCG